AUGUUCACUUAAAAGAUUAUUUAAAUUUUGAUCUUUUAUCAUAAGAAUAAUAAGAAAUUACUUAAACUAUAAUUGUUGAUGAUCCUAAUUAUAAGGAAGGUCAUUAUUGUUAUCCAAUAAAAAAUGGAGACAUUAUCGUAUAUAGACGUUAUGGCGAAUUUGAAUUAUUGUCAGAAUAUUUAUUUGAAACAUAAGCUGAAAUUCUAAAAAAAAUUUACCUUAAAAGAAUUUGGGAUUCUAUAUUUAAUCAGUUUUGUUUAAGAAAAUACUUAAAUAUUGAGAUUAAGAAAGUAGAAAUUCUAAAUCUACUUUAAUGACAUCAAGAAAUAAUUACCUAAUAAUAAUGUUGUUAUAGAAUUUUUAUAAAAUCCAAUAUGCUUUUUUGAAUAAAUGGUAAAUAUUGACUAUUCUUUAAUACAAUCACAAAGUAACUUUGAAAAAAUAAAGAGAUUGUAUGAAAUUAAGUGGUUCAAAAGAAAUAAUGAAAUAGGAGAAUUUGACAGUAAAAUAAUUAGAUUAGAUGUUUAUAUAUUUUAAAUAAUAUUAAAAGUCUAUCAAAAUUAGUAAUUUUGUAUUUAAAUUUGUAAUAUAAAACAAAGAACUUAGAGAUUGAUCUUAAAGAUUGAUCUUAAUUAGAAUGAAGUCUAUAGAAUUAAAAUCUAUAUUAAGAUGAGGUGA